CAGUCAAUCAUUUUCAAUCUCGGAUUUAUUACUGUUGAUGAAGAUUGCACUAAUUUAUUUAAGGCUUAACUUUGAAAGUACAUUAAAAUGAGUGAAUUAGUUUGGGGUAUUAAAAACGGCGACAUAGAUCAAGUAAAAGAUAUCGUUGAAAAAAAUAAAAUUGAUGUCAAUGCACUGAUUGAUGGCCGAGUACCUCUUCAUUACGCUGCUGAUUAUGGUCAAACAGCUGUUUUAAACUAUUUGCUAGACAAAGGAGCUGAUCCUAAUAUGGUUGAUAAACAUGGAAUAUCAGUCAUUUUAGCAGCUAUCUGGGAGGGGCAUACUGAUUGUGUGAAAACAUUAUUAAAACAUGGUGCUUCGAAGAAUGGAAAAACACCAGAUGGUACACCAUACUUAGAUGCAGCAGAAAAAGAUGAAAUAAAAGAGCUCCUAACAUAGAUAAAAGUAAAAUUUCAAAAUCAUAACAUAUUCUCAUAAAACGCUCACAUUCUUAUUUUUUUAAGCUAAGGUGAAAUUGUAUUACGGUUAUAUAAAAAACUAACCAUCAUAUUUUUACAUGCAUUUAUUUAUAUUGCAAUUAUUUUUAUAUGCUGAACAUAUGAAAUUUAGAAGACAUGUAUUGACUGCGUCCACUAGUAGUUUUAAUUUGUUUUACUAAUUCCUGUGCGGUAGGACACCUCAAACUGUACAGAGAUGCACUAAAUAUAUGUAAGAAAAACUAAAAUUAUUUAUCAUUUGCAAUGGCACUUACUUUCCAAGGGCCUAUACAUUUAGCAAAUAAAUUUAUUUUAUAAGGUGUGUUAACGCAUGAAGGCAAGAAAUAAAAUGUAACAUUGCCAAAAUAAAAGG